GAAACAGAAGCUUUUGUUAAUCCAUAUAACUUUUUAUGUACAAUAAAGAAAGAGAAAGUUUUAUAUAUAAAGCCAAAAUUUACCUCACUGACAAGAAAGGCACAAAAUUCACACAAUAUAACUAUAUCUUCCACAUCUUGCUCUAAUUGUACCAAACCAAGUAUAAGCCUUUGUUUUCUAUACUCUUUCUCUCUUUUCAAACCAAAGAAUCUCAAUAGUUUUUGAACAUCAUGAGAGGAGGAAUUUGUAGUAUUCAGCUUCAAGCACUUACACAAGAAGCUGCAACUGUUGUUAAACAAGCUGUGAAUCUAGCUACAAGAAGAGGUCAUGCACAAGUGACACCUCUUCAUGUUGCUAGUGCCAUGCUUGCAACUUCAACAGGACUUUUAAGAAAAGCUUGUCUUCAAUGUCAUUCACAUCCUCUUCAAUGCAAAGCUCUUGAGCUUUGUUUCAAUGUUGCACUUAACCGUUUACCGGCAUCGACACAAAGUCCUCUUUUAGGUCCUCAAUAUUCAACCGCUCCUUCACUUUCAAAUGCUUUGGUUGCAGCUUUCAAACGUGCUCAAGCUCAUCAACGCCGUGGAACAAUCGAGAAUCAGCAGCAGCAACAUAUUUUGGCCUUGAAAAUUGAAGUUGAACAGCUCAUAAUCUCUAUACUUGAUGAUCCAAGUGUUAGUAGAGUUAUGAGAGAAGCUGGUUUCAAUAGUACUCUUGUUAAAUCAAGAGUUGAAGUUGAACAAUCUCUUCCAAUUGAAGUUUCUUCAACAAAAACUUCUUCUGAAUAUCAUAGAAACCAGUCCAAAGAAAUUAGCAUUAACAUGACUCAAUCAAGACCUUAUGGUCAAGUUGGUAAUUCAUACACCAAACCUAUAGAUUCUCUUAACAAUGAUGAUGUAACAAAUGUGUUGAAUGAACUAGUGAAGAGGAGAAGAAACACUGUUAUUGUAGGAGAGAGUGUUGCUAAUGCUGAGGGAGUAGCUAAGGGAGUGAUGGAAAGGUUUGAGGUAGGUAAUGUUCCUCAUGAGUUAAGAUAUGUGCAAAUUGUGAGUCUUCCUCUUAUAUGCUUUAGGAAUAUAAGCAAAGAGGAAGUUGAAAAGAAGAUUAUGGAAGUUAGAAGCUUAGUGAAAAGCUAUAUGGGAAGAGGGGUUAUUCUUUAUUUAGGUGACUUAAAAUGGUUGUUUGAGUUUUGGUCAAGUUAUUGUGAGAAAAAAAUAAACUACUAUUGUUCUGUUGAACAUAUGGUGAUGGAGGUUAAGAAGUUGGUGAGUGGAAGUGGUGAGAGUAGUAGUAGAUUAUGGCUUAUGGGAAUUGCAAAUUUUAAAACAUACAUGAAGUGUAAAAUAAGUUACCCUUCUUUAGAAACUAUUUGGGAGCUUCAUCCUUUCACAAUUCCUGUUGGUAGCCUCAGCUUAAGUUUAACUUUUGACAGUGAUUUUCAAGCUAAGGAGAGAAGUAUGGUGUUAUUCAAGGACUUGGCUUUUGAAGAUAAAGUUGGAGUUAGGAAACAUCUAACUUGUUGCAAGGAUUGUUCAAUAAAAUUUGAAAAUGAAGCUUUGAGUAUGAGUAGCAAUAUAAGCAAGAAAGCAUGCAGUUCUAGCUUACCAACAUGGCUCCAAAAUUGCAAGGAAGAAAGAAGUUACAUAAUUGAAGAUCAGGAAAAUGCAAGGCUUAAGGAUCUGUGCAGGAAAUGGAACUCAAUAUGCAAAUCAGUACAUAGUCAACCUUCAAUUCAUGACAAACAAGAUCUGUUUGUCUUAUCAUCAUCACCUUCAUCACCAACUUCAUUUUCCUCACUCGAAAAAAAGUCUAGUUUCCAACAUAGCCACAUAAAUUGGCCUAUAAUUUCUGAACCAGAAAAAGUAGCAAAAGAAUGUGAGUUAUUAUACACUGAAAAUGGUGGUGAUGAUGAUGAUUGCUAUGAUGGUAACUUGAUAAUGUUCAUGCCACAUAGAAAUAUUCCAAAACCAGAUCUUUUGUCAAAUCCUAACUCAAGUCCAAACUCAGCUUCUUCAAGUGAAGCAGUAGAUGGUUUAGAAAGCACUGAAAUGUUCAAUGAACAUAAUGAAGAGAAUCUCAAGAUUCUCUGUGAUGCCUUGGAGAACAAGUUUCCAUCACAACAUAAAGAAAUCAUUUCAGAGAUUGCAAGUACUGUACUUUUUUGCAGAUCAGGAAGUAGAAAAAGAGGGAACAACUUAAUCAAAAGAGAAAAUCAUCAUCAUCACAAACAAGAAACUUGGAUGUUUUUUCUUGGUGAUGAUUCUCAAGCCAAAGAGAAUAUCUCAAAGGAACUAGCUAAAGUUAUUUUUGGAUCUUAUUGUAACUUUAUGACAGUUGGCAUAAGCACUUUUUCUUCCUUAGGAAAUGAUGAUUCUUCAAGUGAUGAAAAAUCCAAAAGGAAAAGACCAAGAGCUGAGUUGGGAAGCACUUAUUUACAGAAGUUUGGUGAAGCAGUUAAUGAGAAUCCUCAUAGAGUGUUCUUCAUGGAAGAUUUGGAUCAAGUUGAUCACUUUACUCAAAAGGGUAUCAAGAAAGCUAUUCAAAAUGGAACUAUAAAAAUUCCUGAUGGUGAAUCUGUUCCUCUCAAAGAUGCCAUAAUCAUUUUCAGCUGUGAAAGUUUCAGUUCAGUUUCAAAGUCACAAACAUCAUGUGGUGAAAACAAAGGGAAAGAGACAAUGAUAGAGGAAGAUCAUAAAAGUACUCUAAAUCUCUCUUUGGAUUUGAAUAUAGCCAUUGAAGAUCAUCAUGAUAAUACAGAUGCUUGUAUUCUUGAGUUAGUUGAUAAGAAAAUUAGUUUUAACAUGUGAGAUUUGUGAUAGAGAAGGAAAAAUUAUGUUGAAUUAAUAUUUGUCAAAUUUGAGUGUAACUUUUUUUUUUUUAGUUCUUAAUUUUCUCUACUUACUUGUAAUGUAUUUCAGCUUAUAGUUUAUUAGAAGCUUGAAUGGGGAUGGUA